AUGGUGGACACGCUAGCGUAUCACAUCAAAGUAGUCGUCUCGCAACGUGCUCGAGUCUUGAUCUUUCUCUCGCUCAACUGUGUUCUCGCCAGCGCUGGCUUCAUCGUGAUUGUGUUUGGCGUGGCGCUCUCGCUAGGUUCGUUGAUGCUCUGCUGUUUGGGUGUCAUCAUGCUCCAAGGCCUGCUAUAUCUGGCCCCACUACUCGCGCGACUUGACGUCGAGCUACACAAUUUUGUGGAAACCAAGGAGUGUAAACUGCACGGUCAGAUCCCAUACUACGGAGACCGUGGAUCAUAUCUCGCUCGACCGUCACUAGCAGUACUUUUGUACUUCAGCACGGCGAAGCUCGGCGUUGGUGUGCUAAGUGCUAUGGUGGUAGUCAUCCCGCUCUCGAUGCCUAUUCAUGCACUCACCUCACCCAUUUUUCGAGCCGAGUACUUUGACGAGGGGUGGCUCAACCUCAUAGCGUUCAUGGCGGUGGCUACUGCUCUCUUGGUCGCUGGGUUCGUCAUCAUGCCGUAUGUAGCCAGACUCUCGUGUAUCACGACGCGUCUGCUGUGUGGCGAGAUCUACCCCUCAGUUUACAUACAUGACUAUCGUUCUGCCAGUGGUGAAAAGCUUUGGGAUCUAGGGAUGCCAUCGUACGGCACGAAGCAGCCGAUGGAACGAGUUCGACGCGAGUGA